UCCAGUUGCUCAGAGACUUCUGUAAGGCUUGUUGCACUAAAUGACGUUCAAAUUAACAGCAUUAUAAACAAUAUAUAUGCUCUUACGAUACUGUUUGGAGAAACGCAGAUAAAGCUUUCCUACAGAAAGGAGUUAAAUCCUACAAUCUGGGCUAUGUUAUACCUGACAAUACAGGGACAACCUGAUCUGAGCAGCAGAAAACUGAACAUUUUAAAAUUAUGAGAGGAUAUUCUAGCUGUGUCGCUUAAGAAAGCUCAAGAUAGGAAGCCUAAAUUAACAUUAACCUUUCCUACAGAAGCAGAGAUUAAAUGAAGGUAAAAAAAGAACACGACUUUUUAAAUGGGAACAUUUAAAUGGACUCAUAGGUUAAGCUACAAUAACCCACCAAAAUUCCACUCAGUACUGUUUACCUAGACAAUCUUACAUACUGUAUUAUGAUGCAUUAACAUGGCUAAAAAAAUGCAGUUAGGGAGAAGUUAACUAACUCAAAUUACAAAAGCCAACUAUUUUAUUGAAUACGCACGCUUCGCAAUAAAUUUGAGUCAGCACCAAUGACAGCUCUGCAGUCCUCCAAUGUAGUACAGAUCAGGUGGUUGCAGAGCCCCAGCUAGCAGCAAUACGAUGCAGCUGAAGAGGCAAGCACAAUCCACAGACAGCAACUGUAGCUACUCUCUAGAACAAGACGACCUCUAAGCUUAAAUCUUUCACAGAAAUGAUGUGCUGAUAUUGCAGAAGAGAUUACGGGAGCAAUGGAACACCAGAUAUUGAAAGCAUCUACCUGUCUGCUGGUCCUUCUGUUAUUCAUACCCACUGUGUUGGUUAUCUGUCCUUCUAACUGUACAUGCUCAGGAAAUAACAGGAAUGUGGACUGUUCAGGCAGAAACUUAACUGUACUGCCACAUGGACUUCAAGACAACAUUACAUAUUUAAAUCUGUCCUUUAACCAGUUCGUAGAUCUUGAUCAUCAGCUGACAAGAUUCACCAACUUGAGGACCCUUGAUAUUUCAAAUAAUUGGCUCAAGAAUAUUCCUGCUCAUCUGCCCAAGUCCUUGUGGGAAUUAUAUGCCAUAAAUAACAACAUUAAAGUUCUUCAGAAACUUGACACAGCUUACCAGUGGAAUCUUAAAGUGCUUGAUGUUUCUAGGAACAUGGUGGAAAGAGCUGUUCUCAUCAACAACACACUGAGCAGUCUCAAGUUUCUCAACCUCAGUAGCAACAAACUUUGGACAGUUCCAACCAAUAUGCCCUACAACAUAGAGACAGUGGAUCUAUCCAAUAAUUUCUUGUCCCAGAUACUUCCAGGAACACUGGUGAGAUUACAGCACCUUACAAGCCUCUACCUACACAACAACAAGUUCACAUACGUUCCUGACAAAGCUUUUGACCAGCUCUUUCAGCUACAAGUAGUAACACUAUACAACAACCCCUGGUCCUGCAGUGAUAAACAAAAUAUCCCGUAUUUGCUUAAAUGGGUGCAGGGAACCACCGCCAGCGUCAUAGGGGCUCCCUGUGCUAACGAAUCUGUGCUUUGGGUGAACGCCACGCCAGCUGCAGCUGCUCCCACCAUUCCAGCCACUAACCUCAUGAUUAAAGGAAUAAAGGCAGCAGACAGAGCUGCUCCUCCAGUGGCAACUGAACCAACCCAAAUGGCAAAAAUGCAUAAACAAUUUAAAGCUAAGGAAGUUACUACCUUGGCUACCUUAGGCCAAACUGUACUGUUUACGAGCACAGACCGGCCACUGCUCCUCUAUCCAGAAGACCUGACAAGUAGGAAGGUUAGCUCUUACGAAGCAGCAGCCACACACACAAUCUACAUUAAAGAUUCAACUGACGUGAACUCAAGCCUGACCCAUCCCACGGGAUCAUCCACUACUCCCAUGACUCUAAGUAUCACCAGCGGAAUGCCAACAAACUACUCGAAAAUGCCUCAAAGCACAACUGCUACCUUAAGGAGAGAGGAAUCCACCACAAGUAUGUUAAACACUGAUGUGCCCUCCAGAGCAAGUACCUGUGAGGUGUAUUUGUUUUAUGCUGUAAUGCUUAAUGCAGUGGCAAUGUUUAUGGGCUAGGGGCUUGUAUUCUUGUGAGAAGUAUUGAGCUUAUUCCUGUGAUACAUGGCUGGAGGUAAGACAUCCAGGUCAAAUAAUUCAUCAAAAUACAAAAAAUCUGAAGUUCUGACUGAUCUAAAGAAGAUAACAGUACUUAAAAGAAGUGCACACUAAUGUCUGGAUACUAAGCUGCUACUUAUUUUAAUGUCUUAACUGAGUAAAACUAACCUAUGAUUUUGUUUUUAAAAAUGUGCUUAUUUUGUAUUUACAUUUUUAAUUUUACUUGCACAGAAUAAAACAUCAGAAUUUUAAGUACUGACUUUAUGUAUGAUUUUGUCAUAAACAACUGGAAAAAACAGAAGUCUUGUAUCAUAUCUGCAUUGUCUUGCUUGACUUGCCGAUGAGCAAUUCUUGUAAUAUAGCAGCACAGAUUCUUUGUUAUGAUGACAUGCGUAAGGAAGGGAAAAAUAAAGAAACUAAACCUAGCUGUUUCACUAAUCAGAAGUUAUUCCUAAGAAAAAUUGCUAGCAUGUAUAUCUAUGUUUGCUUCAUAUGUAUUAGGAUAUUUUAAAUAUGAAGAACAACAGUUUUGAAUUUAGGAAUUAAAUAUGACAAUGCCAUGAUGUUUAUCUAAGAGAGGGUAAACUGAGAAGCCAACAUGGUCCAACUUUAGCAUGGGAAAAAUGGUAGGGGCUGAUACCUCUUUUUGCUCUGUUUUGACUUACAGACUGCAGGCAAGUUAUUUCUCGCUCUCCAUACUUUAAAAAAAAAAAAAAAAGAUAGAAGUAGAGGAAAAUACAAGAUGUUCAAUGCCAUGACACUCUCCAGCAAGGAACUUACCUACACAAAUUAACAAAAUUGACCACUAAGUUACAAAAAAAAAAAAAAAAAAUCUGAAAUACCUGUCACUAUGUUACGCUUAAAAGAAUGCUGCAAUUCAGCCAGAGUGCUUCGAACUACUACUUUUUGAACACUGAAACAAAGUAUCAGCCAAUUUCUAAUGCAAGUUAUGUAGCAUAUAUCAACUAAGCAAUUAGUUUAAAAGCUGUCAUUUAAACAAUCCUUGAAUGUUGUGACUUAAAAAAUUAAUUCAGUCUAUGGCAUUGAACAUGCCCAAAUCCUUGCCUUAUAAUGAUGAGCACGAACGCUAUUCUCCUUGACAUCUGCACCAUCAAUGAGUAGAAAUAGAUGCACGCAUGGUUUUGACCACCUUAAGAAAAUUAUGUGGCAAAGGUACUUGAUAUACUACUGAUGAAGUUUUGCAAACAGCAUGAAAUGAAACCUGAAGAACAAGUUCAUUGAAAAAAAUAUUAUUCACCUAAUGCUGCAUAUCUUUAUACAAUGUUUUCCAUGCAUUUCAGGCCAUUUAAUUUCCAGUUACUGUAGCAUGAAGGUGCUGCAAAAUCCAGAAAACCUCAGUACCAAGACUGGAGCCCUCUACCUAUUUCUCCUAGGUGGCAGUGAGGGCUGUAGACCAUUUACAACCCGGUAUCAGAGAAAUCAUAACUUUCCAAUUGUGAACAAUAUUUCUAUAAUCAGAAAUGUGUUUUAAUUUCUAACAGUAAAUGUUACACGAUGAAUUUGUACAGUUAUUUCAUUGGCAUUUAAGUAAAAAUAAAGUUAUGUUUGUAUUGAA